AGGAAGGAAGCAAGGAAGGAAGCAAGGAGGGGAACGAGGAAGAAAGGAAGCCAGGAAGCAAAGAAGGAAGGAAACGAUGAAUCAAGGAAGGAAGGAAGCAAGCAAAGACACAAGAAAGGAAGGAAGGAAAAAAGCAAGGAAGGAAGUAAGAAACGAGGAAGCAAGGAAGGAGGAAAGAAGGAAGUGAGGAAGCAAGGAAGGGAGGAUGCAAGUGAGGAAGGAAGGAAUCGAGGAAGCAAGGAAAGAAGAAAGCGAGGAAGCAAGGAAGGAGUAGAGAAGGAAGCGAGGGAGGAAGCGAUGAAGCAAGGAAGGAAUGAAGCAAAAAAGGAAGGACGCGAGGAAAAAACGAAGGAAUCGAGGGUGCAAGGAAGGAGGAAAAAAGGAAGCGAGGAAGGAAGGAAGCAAGGAAUGAAAGAGGGAAGUGAGGAAGGAAGGAAUCGAGGAAGGAAGGAAGCGAGGAAGCAAGGAAGAAAGCAAGCGAGGAAGCAUGGAAGGAAGGAAUGAAGCAAGGAAGGAAGGAGGAAAGGAAGUGAGGAAGAAAUUUAUGAAGAAAGCGAGGAAACAAAGAAAGAGGAAAGGGAGCGAGGAAGGAAAAAAGCAUGGAAGGAAAGAGGGAAGCGAGGGAGGAAGGAAGGAAGGGAGGAAGCAAGGAAGGAAGGAAGCAAGGUAGGAAGGAAGCGAGGAAGGAAAGAUGCGAGGACGGAAGGAAGAGAGGAAGCAAGGAAGGAAGGAAGCAAGAAAAGAAGAGGCGAGGAAGGAAGGAAGCGAGGAAGCAAGGAGGGAAGGAAGAAAGCGAUGAAAGAGAGAGGCGAGGAAGCAAGGAAGGAAUGAAGCGAGGAAGGAAGGAAGCAAGGUGGGAAGCAAGCGAGAAAGGAAAGAUCCGAGGAAGGAAGGAAGCAAAGAAGGAAGGAAGCAAGAAAAGAAGAGGCGAGGAAGAAAGGAAGGUAGGAAGCGAGGAAGGAAAGAAGCAAGGAAGGAAGGAAGCCGGGAAGGAAGGAAGCGAGGAAGCAAGGAGGGAAAGAAGCAAGGAAGGGAGGAAGCAAGGAAAGGAGGAAGCAAGGAAGGAAGGAUGCGAGGAAGGAAGUAAGCGAGGAAGCAAGGAAGGAACGAAGCGAGGAAGGAAGGAAGUGAGGAAGCAAGGAAGGGAGGAAGCGAGGAAGGGAGGAUGCAAGAAAGGAAGGAAGGAAGCAAGGAUGGAAAGAAGGAAGCGAGGAAGGAAGGAUGCAAGAAUGCGAGGAAGCAAGGAAGGGAGGAAGGAAGGAAGCGAGGAAGGAAGCGAGGAGGGAAGCAAGGAAGGGAGCAAGAAAGAAAGGAGGGAAGUGAGGAAGGAAGGAAGGGAGGAAGCGAAGGAAUGAAGUGAGGAAGCAAGGAAGGAAUGAAGCAAGGAAGCAAAGAAGGAAGAAAGCGAGGAAGGAAGGAAGCAAGGAUGGAAGGAAGCGACGAAGGAAGGAUGUGAGGAAGCGAGGAAGGAAGCCAGGAAGCAAGGAAGGAAGGAAGCACAGAAGCAAGGAAGGGAGGAAGCGAGCAAGCAAGUAAGCAACAGGAGAUUGAUGUCGGAAUAAUAUUCAUAAACAUUGUUCUGACUAAAUCAUUUUAUGUUGACCUAAACGCACGCUUAUUCGUGUAUCUUACUGAAUAUCGACUUGUACUCAAAGAUGGAACAGAGGGGACAGUUGCAAUACAGAGAAUACAGAAUAUUUCCUAUGGACUAUGUAGUAAGAUCACACGAUAAAAAACGUUAUACAACGAUUUGAAGCGCAACAUAUGAUAUAUUGUGCUCUCGAUAUGCUGUAUUUCCAAAUGAUUUCAUCUCGUG